AUGGCCGGUGUAAAUAACGUGACAGAGUUAAUUUUCACUGGCCUUUUCCAGGAUCCGGAGGUGCAGAGAGUGUGCUUUGCAGUGUUUCUUCCUGUAUACCUGGCCACGGUGGUGGGCAACAGCCUCAUUGUUUUGACGGUUAACGUUAGUAAAAGUCUGCAGUCCCCCAUGUACUUCUUCCUUAGCUACCUGUCCUUGGUGGAGAUCAGUUACUCCUCCACUGUUGUCCCUAAAUUCAUCACAGACUUACUUGCCGAGAUUAAAAUCAUCUCCUUGGAGGGCUGCCUGGCUCAGAUAUUCUUCUUCCACUUCUUUGGGGUUACUGAGAUCCUUUUGCUUGUGGUGAUGGCCUAUGACCGCUAUGUGGCCAUCUGCAAGCCUCUUCAUUACAUGAAUAUUAUGAGUCGUCAACUGUGUCACCUUCUGGUGGCUGGUUCCUGGCUGGGAGGCUUUUUUCACUCCAUAGUUCAGAUUCUUGUCACCAUCCAAUUGCCCUUCUGUGGUCCCAACGUGAUUGACCACUACUUCUGUGACCUCCUGCCAUUAUUCAAGCUUGCGUGCACUGACACUUUUGUGGAAGGGAUGACUGUGUUGGCCAACAGUGGCUUAAUUCCUGUGUGCUCCCUCUUCAUCCUGGUGUCCUCCUAUGUCAUCAUCCUGGUGAACUUGAGGAAACAUUCUGCAGAAGGGAGGCGCAAAGCCCUCUCCACCUGUGCCUCUCACAUUACAGUGGUCAUCUUGUUUUUUGGACCUGCCAUCUUCCUGUACAUGCAACCCUCCUCCACUUUCACAGAAGACAAACUGGUGGCUGUGUUCUACACAGUCAUCACCCCCAUGCUGAACCCCAUCAUCUACACGCUCAGAAAUGCAGAGGUGAAAAUCGCCAUGAGGAGAUUGUGCAGCAAAAAGGAGAACUUAGGGAUGGCGUGA